GUAAGCUCUGUGUUCGCUUUAUCGUUUAAUAUUCUUUGACCGACGUUGCUAUUAUCGGGCCAUUAAGCUGAAGAUGAAUUAUGCCACUGAUGAGACAUACUAUAUCCCUCUCACCUCUGCCCACACCAUUCAACCGAAGAUGAAUCAUGUCACUGAUAAGAAACCCCGGUGCUAUAACAGUCAGCUCAAGCCCUUUUAUCAUGGAAAAAAUUUGCGAUACACUAGUCCCUCUAGCGGAAAAUGCAAGCACCUUGCUGUGCAGUCCGUGAAACCCAGCUCGACAAGUGACUGGACCGAGUGCGCUGUUCAUUCGAACGUGCCAGCAUCCACUCAGCUUGCUGGUCGGCUGACCAGGAUGAUAUUCAACCCAACUGGCGAAACAUUUUUCUGGUUAUUCAUCUGGCUCUGUUAUAUCAUCACAUUGUGCGUUCCAUCGAGAGGGCCUGCGUUCACCCAUUAUUACAAGCCGUAUUUGAUGCGGUUUGUUGGCCAACUGUGGGCUGCACGCUCACCAAUGGAAUACUCUCUACGGGCACGAGCAGCAGAUGAAGAUGAUGGACACGUCCAACAUGUCACCCACGCCCUCUACCCCCGCUUCCUUGUUGUAUAUGACGAAAACAGAAGAGCUUGGGAAAGAGUCGAUGCUGAGGCAGUAGUGAGGCGAAAACCAUAUGUCGCUGUCACCUACUGCUAUGCCGAUGUGAUAAAUUCUGGAAGCAUGGAGGCGCUCAUAGAGCGGGUGCGGAAUGCUACCUUGGAUCAAGGUUUUGAUGCAUACUGGCUAGAUCUCGAGUGCUUAUUCGAGGAUCCCGUGCAAAAAGCCCAAGACCUUUAUCGCAUGUCAGAUGUCUACCGACUCGCCUCCUUCACACUCAUCAUACUCUCCGACGAGAGCGCUUGGCCCGCUUGGGGCGCCCGCGUUUGGACCCUGCCAGAAGCUCUCCUCAGUCGCGAGCUGCGAUACCUGGCUGGAAACAAUGCAGUAACCCCCAUCAGUCUCAUCCAAAUCGCCUCUUUAGCUUACUCGCACCACGAUGAAGAAUCCCAUAUUAUCAACUCUUAUGCCCUCGGGAAGGAUCCGCUCGAGAGGUUAGAGCGCAAUCUCCAACUAAAAGAAGCAAUAUGGCGCCGACAAAGCUCCUCCUCUCAACUUACGAGUGAGGAGGGAAGUUCUCAGGGGAGAUAUCGCGCAGAAAAGGUCUACGCGCUCAUGGGAUUUUUCGAGCAUCGCAUUCUCCCAAAUGCCGAGGAGACAGAGUUGCAAGCGCUUGCGCGCUUGUUUAUGGCGAAUGACAACGACCGCAUCACUGAUCGCAUGAUCUCAAUGUUUCCAAGAGAUCGAAGAGGUAUAGAUCAAUGGUACACCAAAGAAGACGAAUAUGGUGCCAAGCUUUGGGACAUCGAGCCCGCUGUACAGGUCAUUGGCAUUACAACCAAUGGUUCUCUUGUGUUGGAUGGCUGCCGGGCGGCAGCGAUUAGGUGGAAGAAUUUUCCAUCUGUCGCGUAUGCUACGAGGCGCACUAUCCGACGUAUUCUGGCACAUGCACUGCCAUACGUGGCCCUGUUCCUCUUAAUAAUAGGUUGCUACAUGAUUUUAAUCGGAAUGAAGACCGCCUCUGCCAAAGUCCCCGGAAUCGUCGUGCUUGCUUUCUCACUCAUUCUGUUGAUAUCUGCGCCAGUCUUCACAACUUAUGCGCACUCUGGACGAGUCGUCCUUGCUCAGCCAUGGCUUAUCGGAGUCAAAGGAGUCAUCUCUGCGCAGGAAGCCUCCGACCGCCUGUAUGGAUAUCAGAUUGGGGAUUCUCGUCGCACCCUUUACACUCCUUCAGGAUCGCCUUUGGCAAGACCAACAGAAAGUGAUUCCGAGUUCCGCGAAGGCCACGUUUCGCAGUACAAUGAGGCCCUCGCAGCCCCACCCUUUGACCCUAUUGAAGGUCACAUGUUCACCCUCGUCGACACUAUCUCGGGCACGAUCUACUAUUUCCGUGCGCAUAGACCUCCCACGGUCUGUCUUUUUGCUGGUUCGGAGGGUGGGCAAGGGAGGUUUGUCCUGGCCAGCGAGGAAUGCAGCAGUAGCGAGCUGCGACGUGAGACGGUGCUCCGCAUGCCGAGUUUAAUCUCUGCUUACAUGCACACUUCUGAUUGGGUUGCUCUGGGUGGUAAGCCUUCAAGCCGGUCCAAGCAAUGAUUUGCAUCAUUGUUACUCUGCUUUUAUCAACGCCCUCAUUUCUUUUCUCUUUUCGAGCUCCUUUCUUAUUUCCUUUGUGUUUUCAUUUUUAUUUUCACAAUAUCCGAGCGAUCCAUCCGUCUUCGGACGUUUUCUACCGUGAAUUACAAUAAGAGACAUUUGUACACUACGUUUGCUAUUGUCUUUCUCUCUUCUUUCUUGCAAAUAGCGUUCGAAUGUCUCGCCGACAUCGUACUCUUAAAACUGCGGUGUAUCAAGUUGUCGGUAACCUCUUUUGUACAAAUUCUGUUUGACUCCUAUCGACUCAAUUCUUCCAACAUGUCUCUUGACGACUACACAUCCAGCGCGAGCAC